AUGACAACAAAUGAUAAACAAGUUGAAUCAACUCAAAAAAAAACAAAUGGUAAAAGAAAAUUCGUUGAAUGGAGUGAAGAAGAUGAUUUGAAGUUGACUGGAUGCUUUGAAAAAUAUGGCAGUGACUGGAGAAAGAUAAAAGAUGAGCUUGGUUGUAAUAGAAGCCUUGAACAAAUUAGAAAAC